AUGGAGGAGGAAGGGCGAUAUCUCCGUGAAGUGCUAGGCAUGGAGGACGAAGACGACGACUAUGGUGAUGCAGACGUGAUGAUGGACGUGGCUUACGCGAACGGCGGCUUCGGGGCCGUGCCGGCCUCCGGCGAGUCGGUGUCCACGCUGGAGACGCGCAAGCACGAUGGCAGCGGCGGCGACGGCGGGUGCGUGAUCUGCCUCGAGGAGUACGAGGUUGGGGAAGAACUGAGCGUGGUGCCGUGCGAGCACAGGCACGAGUUCCACCGGAGCUGUCUGGAACAGUGGCUGGCGCUGAGCCGCCUCUGCCCGCUCUGCCGCCACGCGCUGCCCGCCGGACGAGCUUAG